UACAUGGAUUAAUACAUCGGAGCGCAAACAUAAAACAUGGGAGACCUGGAGUGUGGCUUUGAAGAAAUGCAAGGGGUGAGAUUGGGAUACCUGCUCAUCAAAGGCAAGCAAAUGUUUGCUUUGUCUCAGGUCUUCACCGACCUGCUGAAGAACAUCCCCCGGACCACGGUGCACAAGCGCAUGGACCACCUGGACGUGAAAAAGCACCACUGCGACCUGGAGGAGCUGCGGAAGCUUAAAGCAAUAAACUCUAUAGCUUUCCAUGCCGCUAAAUGCACCCUCAUAUCGCGGGAGGACGUGGAGGCUCUGUAUUUCUCCUGCAAGACGGAGCGGGUGUUGAAGUCCAACAAAAGGAAAGCGAAAGCGGUGUGUUCCCCCGAGGAUGAGGAUGCGUCCCCGGGGCUCCUCCAUGCGGACGCCGAACUGUGGAAGGAAAAAGUUUGGUUUAGUUUGCACGGUGUCCCGGAGACUCUCACACUUCACAACAAAACAGGCAGGAAGAGAGAGCUGACUCCUUGCCUUACCGACUCCAAACUACCUCAAUUUUACCACAAAACCAACGGACGGGAGCACCGUUCGGUGACUAAGCCCAGUCACAAACACUUUAAAAACUAUGAAACAGCUAAAAUAGCAGGGAAUCGUGUUACUUUGAGCCAAAGGCACUCGUUCUUCAGGAGCGCGGUGAGCCGGCAGCCGGUAGUGCUUCAGUCCGCCAUAGCUGCUCAGUCCAGGCUCUCGCGCACAGCCGGCGACCUACUUCACAAAAGGAAGAGGAGGCGCGAGGGGGGCGGCGGCAGGGACAGCGCGAGGCACUCGUGGAGCAGGAGCAGAUACGCGCACCACCACGUACCGCCGGUGCUGCUCGUACAACCCAAAUCACCCGGCAGUCACGGGACUUCUUUUGGUGCUUUCCACCUCGGUCCGGAUUUCUAUCUUGACCCCAGACCUCACCAUCAUCAUCACCACCAGCAUCACCAUCAUCAUCAUCACCACCACGAGCCGAGUUUCCCGGAGAGUUACAGCAGCGACACCGAGUCCAGCACCUACUCCGACCGGGCGUACCCCGACUCGGACUUUGGGUCUGGCCUCUCCACCUCCAGCAACUCCGGGAGCUCCGAGGAGGAGGAAGAGGAGGGCGAGGACGAAGAUGACACGCAGUCAGAGAGUUCAGAGGUCAGCUCAGACGAGGAGGAAAGCUCCUCUCAGUCCGACUCGAGCUCUGUUUCAAGCCGUGUUUCGGUCCAGAGCAUCAGGUUCAGACGGGCCCGGGUCGGUUCUCUCGCCAAAACUCUCAACACUAGUAAAGCACCUUUGGUCCUGCAGCCCACGUUUCACUACAACAACCAGCAUCAACACGAGAAACAGCACAGGACACUGGGCCACGUUGCCACUUCACAGCCAGGGGACAGACAGGAGAAACGUCAGAAAUGUGAAUUUACAUGCAGUGAAACUAGGAAGGACUUUGGACCCUUACAGCCACCACAAUUUAACUCAACUGUCACGGGGGAGAGCUUUUUUACUGAGUCCAAAAGGGGGAAAGCGUUUGAGGCUGAUCCAAACAGGGCUGGCCGUGUGGUCGAGCUGGCCCCUUAUUCACCGGGACCCAACCGGAAUAAGGCCUUUCACCCCUCACGCAGGACACCGGGGCAUCCCACCAAGUUCCCCCCGGGACUGAGCGAACAGUGUGACCAGGACAAAGAAGCCAAGCUCCCCAAAUGUACCGACAAAAGGGAGGCGAAAGCCAGCAGCCUAAAACCGCCCACUCCACUGAAAAAAAUAAAGAUCGAGCCAGAGGAGCUCUCUGUGACCGCGGCCCCCCACUCGGACAGCGGUAGGACAGCCAGGACGCCACCCUUCAACCUCCACAAUGUGAAAGUUAAAGUGGAGGAAAGCUGUGAUGAAUAUGAAUACCAGAGCCAGGCCACUGUAGUCAAAUGUAAAGAAGAUAAGACAGAGAGCCGCAAUGGCCAAUAUCCCAUCAAACACGGGGAUUUUUUCAACAGCGGGAUUAAAGCCACAGAGAAGAGCCUUGAUGUGCCCCCCAGGUCCCCGUGUGGUGCUCAGGAAUACAGGAGCACCCAGGACAGCCCAUGUAUAGAGGAGUGGGCGCACAGGAACAAAACCUGCAGGGUUCCGGUGCUGGGGAGAAAAAAAACCCGAGUUUCCAGGACGCAAACAAAACUAAACGUGCCCAGGGUCAACAAGACUGCCUCUUCCUUUUCUUCUUCUUCUUCUUCAUCUUCUUCUUCCUCUUCUUCUUCUUCGUCUUCUUCUUCUUCUUUUUCUUCUUCGUCUUCUUCUCGUCCCGCGGGCUGCGAGGAGGUAUCCACGGUGGAUUUACCGAGCAGACGCAAACGCAGCACCGUAGCAUCGCCUGCAAAAAUGCCUUUCAGCCUGAUGGCAAAUUUCCCAUCCCCGCCGUCGCUGGUUGUUGGCAGCGACGGGGAUUUGUGCCCUGCUUACUCCCUGAACUCGCUGAGGGGCCCCGGGCCUCCCCCUCCGUCCCACCCCGUGUGGAGGUGGCAGCCAGGCGGCCAGAUUCUCCCUCCCCCACACGCUCAGAGAACUAGGAAAUGCUGAGCUGUUUUUUAAGCAAAAAAAACAAAACAAAAGCCCCCAACGUGUCCAUUUCCAACCUAAUGGUAGUCUUAAAGCGAGCUGACCAAAUUGCUCGCAACUUUAUCGGUGUUUAUUAUUAUUUUCUGUGAAUGGGUUUACAUUCCGCUUUGUUUUGAAGUUUGAUCGAGGAAACCCCAUAAGAUCCCCCUUUUGUAGCCUCAGAAAACGCCCACAGAACUGUGAGACACCGCUCGUGGAUUUAUAUGCUUAAAAACUUUGAAAUAAGCUAUCAAUCCUAAGCAAUAGGCAUAUGUAAGGUUCUCGUUAUUGUGUUUACUUGACUUUUUCUGAUUAUUUUGUCUUCGCUUUUCUAUGCUGACCUGUUGGGUUGUAUGGUGCAGGGUUUCAGUGGGCUGUGCUUUGUCUGAAAGAGGAAGGGGGUUAAAAAAAAACUUACACGAUUCCUUGAGAAGAGCCUACUCUUAAUCUAGCUGGGUUUGACUUGGUAAAUAAAAGAAAAUCAGGGUUUCCCAUUGUGUGCCACCUGGUAUAUUUUAUAUAGUCUAUCAAAGCUGUGUUUUCUUUCAUUGCUGUCAUGCUGACCAGUUUAGCCACAAUGGCCCAUGUGUCCAAGUGUUCAACUUUAGAAAAUUAUUUAAAAAAAAAUUGGUUUAUUAAUGUAGCCUAUAUCUAUACAUGCUCACAGGUAAGCCUUUAUUAGAAUUGACAGGAAUUAAUUCCUGAUGGUUGUGGGUUGUUUUGUUUUUUCUAGAGUGCUUGUUCUACGGUUUUCAGUCUUGUUUUUAUUUCUGCGGAGUAUUUCCUGGUUUGCAAAUGUGUGAUUGUGCACAGAAGCAGGCCCAGACACAACACAGGCCUUAUGUACAGACAAUCAAAAAUAAUAAGGCUCAGACCUUCAUAUCACGUUAGGUACCACGAUAGACUCGAGGUAUGUCCCUCCUGGUCCACUUGGCCACCGAUUUCUCCUGCACACCAUGUUUGUGUCAAGUGCAGUCUGUAUUUGCGUUUAAAGCACGAACGUUUGAAGAGAAAAAAAAGUAAAAGACAGACAUAAUGACAAUGUCCAAGAUUGGCUAUGGGUAUGAGGUUCAGGAGUCACAGUGGGGAAAACAGCACCAAAACAGCGUGGAACCCCUAGCUACUCUGGCUACUCAGAAACAAUGCGACAAAGCACAAGAGAUAGGCUUAAAUGCAUUGCACUUUGAUACUGUUGGGGGGUCUUGUUUCAGCUUUAGGGAUUUAGCCUGUGAAAUGAUGUCUGAGAGAUGCUGAUAGAAAAUAACGACAUUUGGUUGUUGACACAAAGGCCAAACUGCAUUCAUUUGACUGCUAUUUGAAUAUUUAGGACUCACCCAUAUGAGUUUCUAACCAUGCCAUGAUGGUCUUCUGAUUUUCUGUAAUUUAAAAAUACGCUAGUUUCCGUGAAGGUACUGUUGUUCAUUAUCCUAUUUUUAGUUGAAGUCAUUUGUCUCGAUCUGAGCUGGAAAUAAACGCCAAUUAUUUCCUAUUAUUGGACAACCAAAAUACAAUAAAUUUUUAAGAUAUUGCUUUCUUUAUUUGUUAAGGAGCCUACAUCACCAUCCCAUUAUCUUUAAUGUAGCCUUUGAAUGUGGCCGCUCAGUGAAUGUAGUAUACCCCAGACCUGUUUCAUUUAGGCCUACUCCCGAAAUUCAGUAAUAUACUUCAGUGUACACACCUUUAAGCAAAAGUAAAUCAACCUACAUGUGGGUAUUUUUAAGUAAAUGCGUAGAUGUUUUUAAUGGCAGUGCAGGACGCGCUCUACUAAUUGGCAGGCUUUUCUGUCUGCGACAAAGAGAGGCCCAUCUUAUAGCGAGCCAGAUAACAACAAACCCAAAGCCCGUGAAUGAUGUCAGACCCUCACAAGCACAGUAAAGGGUGCAUUCAUUCAGAGGAUUAUAGAAACUAUUUAAUGGGUGAUUGUAAAACGAGAAAGAAAUGUACAAAAAGUGAGUUUCACUCUACCUAAACUAGUGUGGAUACAUAUGGUAGAUGUUUAAAGCACCACUCUACAGCCAUGAAGCCCCAAACUCACCGUGGGCCUUAUUUCUGAGGCUGGAGCGACAAUUCAAACUUGAACUCAUAUUCUCAGCCUGUAAACUAGCUAUUUUUGCAGCCGUGACACAAGCUGGUAUAUGAGCAGACCAGCAGUAAAAACGGAGGGGGUUGCACAGGGUUGAGAGGGGGAGUUGCUGUGUUGCAAGAGCGAAGCUUUCAACCUUUAAUCCGCAUAGGCUGCACGGCACAGGAAGAAGAGGAAUAGCUUGCGCCCAAAGCAGUGCGGGUUUGCCCCCCUGACGCACCAGCCUAUUCUCACGCAGUACUCACAAUGCACGGCUGAGGGACAGAGAUGGUGGUAAUGGCCUGUUGGGAGGGUCUUUCCACCGUUAAGACAAAUAGCUCUCUGACAGUGACGCUAUCAAUGUAAACAAUUGCAUCGUGCAGCAGCUAGAGGCUGCGUGCACUCUCUCCCCCCUUCCUCCUCCUCUUCCCUUACUUCCCUGCCCUCCUCAUUCACUCAUUCACUUCUCUUUUUUUAAUACAAUACUUGAGGUCAGGUUUUUGACAUGGAAUUUGAAGUCACUGGUUGUUUUGUGAAACUGAAUAUUUAUUUUUGUGAUUUCUUUUUUUUUUCUGGGGUUUCUUGUAUAUUGAUCUUGUUGUUGUGGAUAUAUAUAGAACAACUGCACUCGAAAUGGAAACUUGAACGUUGGAUUUCUGAAGCACUUUCCCUUUCUUUUUUUAAUUAUGAAGCAUUCAUUAAACGCGACUGAGUGUAAU